GUUAUGGAGUCAGAACAUAAUGAAGAUGGAAACAAGAAGGUUUCAGGAGAUGAGUUAUUAAAAGAAGAAAAUGGUGAUGGUGAGCAUAUACGGAUCCAUUCAGAAGAAAAUGGAGAUGGUGACCAUACAAGGAUCCAUUCAGAAGAAAAUGGAGAUGAUUCACCUCCUGUUCAAGUGAUGGACAGAGACGAUAACAACAACGAAGACCCUCAAGGCAUAAACUAUGACCCGAACAGGAUCCCUUUGUCGGUUUUCGAGAGAAGCAAAUCGAAUAUACAAGCUGAGUGGAGCUGCACUUCGAACGAAUCUCUCUUCAGUCUUCACUUAGGACGCAACAGUUUCACUGUCGACAUGAUGAAAUCAGGAGAGCUCUACAAGUCAGGAGAGCUGCUCGCUUACAGUCCCGCGCUUCCUAUGCCUCCUCCACCAGGACCAGGAGGAGAAUCAAACCUAGUUGAAUCCAAGGUUGUUGAUGAUGAUUCAGAUGAGGAAGUUGUAGUAGUACUAGGAGAAACACAUAGAGAGAAGGAAGAGGAUAAAAGAGAUAGCCAUGAGAAAGAACAACAUCCUGCUGUUUCUUGGAAGACUCCUACAACUUCGUACCGUUCUAACCGAAGCUCAAACAGCGCGCACUCCUUCACUUUCCCAAUUUUGGCAGGAGCUGCAAGUGAAUCAGGGAAAAAAGAAACAGAGGAACAGAAGAAACAAGCAAAGCAAUCACAAGAGAUGAAACAGCCAGAAGAAGCAGCAAAUCAGAAGCAGACAAUGUGGAGGUGGUUCUCAUGUUUUCCUUCGUGUCCUUGGUGUUGUUCUUCACGUACUUUAUGGCCUUGUUCUUGA